GAAAAAAAAACCAAUAAUGACUCGUAAGAAACCAUCGAAACCAAAUACUUCUCCACCAAAUAUUGCUGAGUCGUCAACACCAGCACCACAAAAUAUUGCCACUUCGUCAACACCAACACCUCCAAAUAUUGCCACUUCAACACCGGCAUCACGAUCGUCAGCAUCAGCAUCACGAAAUAUUGCUUCUUCAACACGUAAUAUUACCACUUCGUCAACACUAUCAACACGUAAUAUUACCACUUCGUCAACACUAACACCACAAAAUACUAAUACUACAGUUUCUUCAUCUCCCUUUAAACUCGUUAUUCCGCCAGAUAUUUCAGCCUCAAUAGGUCGAACUCAAUCUCAAUCUCAACGAAAUUUAACGGCUUCGGAUAUUAUUAAAAAAUAUCCUAAUAUUAAUGUACCAAAAAGUUAUCGUUCACAUCACGAAGAAGGAGCACCAAGAAGUGAUCGACCAAGUAAUGAAGAAGCGGAUAAUUUAGAAGACCAUGUUCGUAGGAUCGAGGAGGAGAACUCCAUGUUACGGGAUUUUAAUGAAAUUUUUAGUAACGAAUCGAAUGAAUUAUGUGAAGAAAAUAAAGCUCUCCGAGAAGAACUUCAACAAUCCAAACAACUUCACAUACCUCGAAAGAUUAUUAAUCCUCCUCAGCAAUAUUCACCAAAACGUCCCAAUAAAAGAUUAAAAUCGAGAGAGGAAUCUCCUGAUGAAGUUGCCGCUACAGAUGCAAGAGCUGAAAUGAAGAACCUCUUGAAAGGUCAAAUACCCGAAGAAUAUCGGUUGGAUUAUGGUAAGACUUUCAGUGAACAGACAGCAAAGAUAUACGAAAAAUUGAUACCUGAAUUAAAGAAGUUGAUGAGUGGACAUUAUAAUCCGUCAGUAACCCAAUUGUCAAACUGGUUACGAUCGAUGCACAAGCAUAAAAGAGAUAGAUAA